GGUAUUGACCUUGAACAUGGUUAUCUUUGUGGCACCAUGGAAGCUCUAAACGUUCCCAUGGCAGACACUCCUGUCAUAACAUUCUGGGAAGGGGAAAUCGUUGAUGGAAAGAAUUAUACCUUUUACACCGGAAAAUGGGAAGCAACGAGGGAAGAUGAUAUGAGACAUUGGUCAAAGUUCCCGUCUUUUUCGCCUCUUCAGGGACAAGUUGAAUCUGAUGGUGGCAGGCAAUUGGAUCUUAACAAUUAUCCUUAUAUAUUUAUGAGAUGGAAAGAGCAAUACUUUGUAAACGUUGGCACAGAUUGUGGACUAACAAUAGCUGGAUUUUACUACGUAUGCUUCUCCUGCAGCGAUGGUUCCAUCAGCGGUUUCUAUUAUGAUCCAAACAGCAGUCCGUUUCAGAAGCUGGAGCUGAAAACAGUUAACGAAGGAAGAUCUGGUUUCAGCUUUUCUUCUUACGAGUUGCAAUGA